AUGCGUUUGAAAAACAUACAGUUCCAUUUAAGAAACAUUACAAACAUGAAGACUGCUUCGAAGGCUAUAAUUUUAAUAUUUUUGGUGGCGGCUGCGGAGGCAAAUACAAUUAAGAACGUCCCAGCUCCAAAGUGGAAUAAUGGCUUAUCGGCGAAAGUAAAUGACUAUGUAGACAACACUAUUUCUAUGUUGGUCCCAUUUAUGCAACAAAAUGGUCUUGAUCCAAUGGAAUUGCCGGCUAUCGAAGAAGGAUUUGAAGUUAGAAUUCUGCUCAUCACGUACAGCGCGUGGUUGAAGCUCAAUGAAGGACAGUUGACAGGACUCGUCAACGUUGUUCGUUCAGGAGAUCAGAAUGUCAACUACUUUGAAAAAAAUCUACGCGUACGCGUUCAACUUCGUUUCUCCGACUUAGAAUUCGCCUACAGUUAUCUGGUUCAAGUAAUGGGACUUGGGCCUACUGGUAAAAUUGUUGCAUCACUUAACUACUUUGACGUCAUAGCUGAUGUUUUAAUCGAUUUUAAUAACGAUGAAAUUCAGCUGCAACAGUUCUCUAUCACCCAACGCGGGACUCUGACUGUACGACUGAUCGGAAACGUUUUGUACACCUGGCUACUGAACCCGCUCAUCAACGUCGUCACGAGAAUCUUAAACGGCCUUAUAAUCAGCGUUGUAGAGUUGACAAUUCGCAACGUAUUCCGUGGCGCCCUCGGUGUAAUCAAUAAUAAUGUUCGAGAAAUAGUAGAUUUAUUGGAAUCGUAUAAUUAUAGGCAAAAUGUUUUAAUGUAAAAUGGGUGACUAUUCGUGUACUGAAAAUUAAAUAUAUUUUGAAUUACAAUAUAUCAAUUAUUACAAAAUAUAGCGCUUACCGGAAGAGUUAAAAAAUUAAAUAGAAUAAAGGCAUAAUAUCGAACUGCUA